AUGUCUUCUAGUGGUGAUAAUAAUAUUGUCCACCGUCGAGUUGCAGAAAAGAAAUAUGAACAAUGUUUGAAACGAUUAAAUGUAACAAAUAAACAAAAUCAUAUAAAUACGGAUAGUCAAAUUCGAAAACAAAAACUUCAACCGAAUAGACAAACAAUUGGAGCUAUUGAUAAUGUUCCACAACUUAUUCUAAGUUUUUUUAAAUAUCAAAUGCAGGCUCCCGAUUGUUUUUGGGAGUAG